GUCGAGACGUGCUAGUGUGAGGGUGUGUGUCGAGAUGUGCUAGUGUGAGGGUGUGUGUACAUCACUCUCUCCAGAUAUAUACUCAGAGAACGUACCGAAAAGACUAAAACCCUACAACCGCUUCAAUAAUGACUAAACUAACCCAAUUCAUUAAAUACGGGACAUAAAUAACAGCAAUAACAUAAUCCAGUGAGAAAGGAAGUAAAAAAAAAUACCAGGAAAUCAAUACGGAACCUCGAGUGAUUUUAGAGUUAUUUUUUUUUUUUUUACGGAAGUUGAGGUGAUUUUAACGGUGUGUGAGGUAGUGAGCGCAGGAUGAGUAAGGAGGGUGAGGCGGCGGUGAGCUGAAGGAAGGAAGGAAGAGGGAAGGAAGAGGGAAGGAAGAAAGAAUAAUAAUAAUGGAAAGAAUUAAAGGGAUACAGGAAUCGGUUGGAGGGGCGCUGGGGUCCUGCUUCCGGGGGCUGGAGGUGGAAGCUUGGCCCAAACCCAGUCUCGCCCAGCUCCCCUCCUCCUCCUGGGCCAGCAUCAAGGCCAGUGUGGACAAGAUUCCCUGGCCUGCAUGGGGGGACGUCAAGGAGAGAGUAAGGCCGGACUGGGGGUCUAUUAAGAGUGCCACCAAGAUCCCAGCCUGGUCAGAUAUACCCAAACCCAGACUCGACUCCAUCAAGCGGCCUUCUGUAGAUGGGUUCAGGUCAAGCCUCUGUGACCUCCGUGAGAAUUUCAACGACAGGGUGACCUCAUUUAGUGACCGCGUGUCAUCAGUAGAGUGGCCCCAGGUGAACGGUCGUGUAGGUGACCGCUACGGGCAACGGUCACGGUCAGAGUCGAGAACACGGACAAGGAGUCGAGUGAUGAAGAGAGGCAAGAUGCGGCGAGCAGAGUGGUACUCGUCUUGUUUCUGCUUUAAGGGCUCGGAGCCUCCGCAGAUCGAGCAUGUUGUGUCGGAACAGCCACAGAUGGUACAGAUGGCUCCGCCGCCUAACAUGACGGAUAAUCUGGCGCCGGAGGAACUUCAAACUAAAGUCACAGAAUUACUGGAUGAACUGGACUUGACUGCCAUACAGAAAAAUGGGAUUCUCAACUUCCCCCCAGAGAAGCAACUACAGCUUCUCUAUGACUACUACACACUCCAGUCCUCCAACAAGAAAAUCGAGCGUCCAGAAGCAUACAUUGCCAAGCUGGACGAGUACUCACAGCUGACAGUGCCCACGGACCAGUACCAGCAGCACUCAUGGCUCAAGUACACGGAGGGCCUCAAGACGGCGCUGGCCACACAAAGCAACACCUUCGUCAAUGAGUUCAUGGAGGCGGGGGGACUGGCAUCCCUACUACAGUUCCUGACCAAGAUGGAUGACACGACAUUCCAGUCUAGCAUCCACAUGAAUGUGAUAGCCUGUGUUAAGGCAUUAAUGAAUAAUUCAAAUGGACGAAAACACAUCCUGGCUCACCCCACCUGUAUGAAUGUGAUCUCCCAAAGUCUGAGUACAGAGAACCUCAAGACUAAGACGAUGGUUCUAGAGAUUCUUGGAGGUGUUUGUCUACUGCCCGGGGGACACAAGAAGGUUUUGGAGGCGAUGCUUCACUUUCAAAAAUUCGCUGGGGAGAGAACUAGAUUUCAGACCCUCAUCGUAGACCUGGACCGAUCUUGGGGAAAUUACGCAGACGAGUUAUCCCUAAAGAUCGCUCUCAUGUCCUUCAUCAACGCCAUAAUCCGCUGGGGACCCGGAGAAGAUUCCCUCGAGUUUCGUCUACACCUUCGCUACGAGUUCCUUAUGCUGGGCGUUCAACCUGUGAUCGAAAAACUCCGGAGUCUGCAAAAUGAAAUCCUCGAUAAACACCUAGACGCCUUCGAGUUCUACCGCGCCGAGGAUGAACGGGAGUGGGCGCGGCGGUACGAGGAAGUGCAUGUCGACACCAAGAGCGCUACCUCUAUGUUCCGCCUCCUGCAGAGUAAACUACAGUACUCCGCCGCCUACCCUCACUUCCUCAGUCUCCUCCACCACCUCCUGCUACUACCCACUGAUAUAGGAGCACCCGACCACUGGAUACUCUUUGACCGCAUCCUACAGCAGUUGGUGACGCAGAGUGAAGAUGGACAGGACCGCGAAGUAGCUCUCCUGGAUAUAAAUGUUAACAGCAUUGUAAAACUUAUUGCCAACGAAAGAGAAUUAACAGAAAGUAGAAAGAAAAUCACAAAAUUAGAGGAAGAUUUUGCAGAUGUAGUGACGGAUCUAAACAGGAAGGAACAGGAGCUAUACACCGCGUGCCAAGAGAAGGAGGAGUUGUCACAGACACUGGUUCAGGUUCGUGAACAGUUGGAAGCAGAGGUUCGGUCUGGUACUGAAGCCCAACAGAAGAACGCAGACCUCGACACCCGGAUCCAGGCCCUGACACGACAGAUCCAACAGUUAGCUGCUGGCUCCAUAUCAGAUGAUGUUAAGGCCACCAUCGCCACAGCCAAGUCGAUACAAGACGCGUCCGACCAUCCCAAAGGUGCUCCUUGCCCUCCACCACCACCUCCCCCCAUGAUGAAUGGGGGACCUCCACCUCCUCCUCCAAUGAUGAAUGGUGCUCCACCACCUCCACCUCCUAUGAUGAAGGGAGCUCCUCCACCUCCUCCAAUGAUGAAUGGAGGUGGACCACCUCCACCACCACAGAGCAACAAACUAAACAAACCCACCAAACAGAUACCCAAAUCAGCAACUCAGUUGCGAGCAUUUAAUUGGUCAAAGAUGCCUGACUCAAGAGUAACUGGUACGAUCUUUGCCACAUUGGACGAGUCUUCACUCUACAAGUUCAUGGACCUGGAAGAUAUUGAUAGAACCUUUGAUGCCUCAGCGGGCAAAAAGACAAAUGGAGAGGGAGAGAAGACACUGGAGAGAAUAAAGUCACAGAGAAUGCAGCAGAUCAGUGUGUUGGAGAACCGCCGUCAGCAGAACUGUACCAUUCUUUUGUCUAAGUUGAAAAUGACCAACGAUGAGCUUAUAAGAGUGCUCUUCAAGAUGGACAGUGAUGGUGAGUUAGCGCCUGACAUGAUGGAACAGCUGCUGAAGUUCACGCCCACUGUUGAGGAGAAGACCAUGUUGGAGGAGCACCAGGACGAGAUAGAGAACCUGGCACGAGCUGACCGCUUCCUCUACGAGAUCUCCAAAAUCGACCACUAUGAGGAGCGUCUGCGAUGUCUUCACUACCAGAAGAAGUUUAAGGAGCGACUAGCCGAGUGUGAACCGAAAAUGUCCUCAGUUAUAUGCGCGACUAAAGAACUUAAAAACAGCAAAAGAUUGAAAAAGUUCAUUGAGGUUGUUUUAGCCUUUGGAAAUUAUAUGAACAGAGGUGCUCGUGGCGGUGCUUAUGGCUUCCGCGUGUCUUCCCUCAACAAGCUGACAGACACCAAGGCCUCCAGCAACAGGUCCAUCACACUCCUCCACUACAUCAUCAGAGUGUGUGAGAAGCAGUGGCGAGACAUCCUCAGACUAGACGAGGACUUCCCUAACAUCAAGGAGGCAUCCAAAGUGAACAUCACUGAGUUAGAGAAGGAGAUCAGUGGUCUACGGCAGGGGCUGGACUUUAUCGAGAGGGAGGUGACGUGGCACAGAGGCCAGGGGUCGUCUCCCCCGGGUGAUCGCUUCCGCCUCGCCAUGAAUGAGUUCACAGCGUUAGCCAAAGACAAGUUUACAAAUAUGGAGUCACAGUUUAAAAUGAUGAAAACACAGUUUGAUAACGUCACAACAAUGUUCGGAGAGGACUUCAAGACGACACAACCGGAGGAUUUCUUCGGCACCUUCGAUUCCUUCGUUGACAAUUUCCGAGAAGCGAAGAAGGAUUUAGAGAACAUGAAGAAGAAGGAAGAGGAGGAAGAAAGAAAGAAGAAGGAGGCUGAGCGAUAUAAGCGACGGUCCCUGCCUAGCAGCUGGCACGAGAGAGCUGUGUUUGCCCUCUGGCACUGACCUUGGCUCUGACCUUGUACGACAGGUGACCCAGCACUACCCCCGACACCUGUACAACUAACAUCACCUAAAGCACGAAUUCCGAUGCCUUCGUGAACGGUUGUAUCAGGACCCAAAGAUGUUGUUGAUGUAGAUGGCUAUGUUACCCCAUUCAAGCUACUCAUUACAGUUUGAUUAUAAGAAUUUAAUGACUUGAAGCUAUUAAUUAUUAGUCUUUUUAUAUAGUGUGGGAUUCUUUUUUAUUAUACACACAUUACUAAACCCAAGUAAUGACUACAGUAAUAUUUAAAAAUUCCUUCCUGACAAAGAUACUGUUCACCCACAAAUAGUUUGGAUGGGUACUUAGCCAUCUUUUGCAUUUAUCCAUGAUUUUCUCUGGGCUCCUGGUACUAACCUUCAUGCCAAGGCUGCAGAAUUUGAAAUAAACCCCGGGAUAGUUAUGGUUGACACGGUGUAUUGGGUACUAACUCGAGGCCUCCCUGGUGCCAAUUUAAAUGCUGCUGCUGCUGCUGGGUAUGCCUGGCUCUCAGUCCCAACUUUCGCUUGUGAUUGUUUUGCCAUGUAAAUUAUCACAUCUUCGAGGCUGUCAUUGCCAGUACAUUGUUUGUUUUUUUCUUUUGCUCGAAGCUGUAGUAAAUGCUUAAUAAUGUAAAUACUAAAAGCAGCAUCUGAUAUUUCUCAAUGAAAUAUAUUUAAAACAUUCCUCUUAAUAAAAACAUUGAAAUAUGUACUUUGGUGACAUAAACUGAAUAUUCUGAAAUGAGCAUAAUGAUCAAAUUUGAAAUGAAAUAAAGUUUGCAUUUAAAAAGAAAUAAUCAUAUAUCAUUCUAGUUUAUCAUAAUUUUUGGUGCUUUUCAGAUUAUUCUAAUGUUUUGAAAACCAAAGCGCAGUACCUUAUAAACCCGAAAAGUAAACAACUGUACCUGGACUUAAAUAACACUGAUCCUCUUGACAAAUUAACAACAUCAUCAACUUUCAAGACACACAAAUAUGGUUAUCAGAUUUUCAUACAAGACGUAAUAUUUAACCACUUGUGUAUGGGGUCCCCUCAGAUCUGAAUAAAAUCGUCUGGUAUUAACGAAAUCUAAUAUUAAAAGUGCCGUCCCUGUAGUGAAGGGGAUAAAUAUUUGAUAUUCGUAAAGAUUUCCCUUAUGUAAAUUAAUAGUAUUUCUACCCCAUACAUUGGAUAUAAUUCUCAAAGUUACAUAAAGAUCUGAUAGCCAAGUUAAACACACACAAAAAGCCCACAUUGUAUUAAAGUGACAUUAACCAUUACAUACUCAAACAAGACUAUUGACAAAGUACUGUAGUAAUAUAGUACUCUAAAGAAAAUUAAAUUAGCAUUAUAAAUUGACUAAAAUAUUGUUGCUGUUGUAGAUCUUUUUAUUUUCUUUCUUUUCCUCUAAAUCCGGGACAGUGACUUAAAAUGAAUUCCUUUUGUGCAGUUCUUUUGGCUCUUAUUUCUGAAUCUGGGACAACAAUAACACUUGCUUUAGUGGGUCUCUCUAUCUCUUCUCUCCUCAGCCCAUGGUAUCUGGGACACUUCAUUUGUUCCUCUGGAUAAUAACAGCACCAGCACAGCAUGAUGACUUAUGUGUCCAGGCUCAGCAGGAAUAAUUUCUCAGUGUAUUUUUAUUAGAAUUGUUACUUUCUUAUCUUGAGAGUAAGUUGUAGCUAACAUCAUCUGUCCUCACUGGAGAAGUUCCCUGGCCUUGUUUACAUGGGUAGCUUUGCAGACACUGAAUUUCAGAUAUGGUGAUGGUAUACCAACUCUUCUUGGCUGUAAUCUACAUCAAGUGUAUAUUAAUUAAAAAUUAUUUAUGGUCUGAAUGUCCGUAUGUCAUGUGUCACAAAAAAAUUAUUCUUAAAAGUACGGUAUAAAUUUUAAGAGCAUUUCAUGAACAGACUUUUGAUAAUGCCAAAGGUACUACAGUAACCCAUAUAAGCCCUGUCGCCUCUCCUGCUGUUCUAAACCCCAAGAAUCAAACUCGUGAACCCGAAGCAGUAGACACUGAAUCCUUAUUCUAUUCAUAAAUGCUACAGAUUCAGGAGUCUGAAUCUCAGGGUUCGGAAGGAGAGGGGACAGGAGUUUUGUCGGUGACUGUACAUUAUAACUUGGUCUUGAUCAUGGUAUACACUCACUCCAUUAUUUUUGGUGUGUAAGUAUUGAUCCUACAUCUUUGUAGCUAGAAAUUAUGUCUGGAUAGAUAAAAUUAAUGUGGGCUGUAACUGGUUGAAAGGUGCACUGUAAUAGGCAUUUAAUUGGGUGUGGAGUGAAAUUGAUCAGCAGACAAGGAAAUAGGAUCCAAUUGGUUAAUAGGCAAGUGAAUAGGUUUAUGUUGAUUGAUAAGAAAAUUGAGUCUGAUUGGUCUAGAGCAGGCAUGGGCAACCCGGACCAUGUGUUUGUGCGGCCCGUUGAGUGAUUGAUAAAUUCAGUUUAAUGUGGUCCAUGGUUCAGUUUAUGGUGAGUAAAGCAAUAUUUAUUAAAAGAAUAAUCUUCACACACAAUUUGUUAGUGUUUCAUCACCUAAGAGUAAGUAACUAUGAAAAUCUAACCAUGAAAUAAAAAUAUAUAGUCAACAAUAUAAACUUUUUAAUUUGUGUGAGUUUAUGGGUCAAGUUUGGCGCAGUCUGUUUGAUGGGUUAUAUAGCUGCUUUGUGGCAGAGUGGGGUCAUGGGCAGUGGUCACGGGCAGUGGUCACGGGCAGUGGUCACGGGCAGUGGUCACACAGGGUUUAACUAAUUAAGUAUGUCCAGAAUACUGUAUUCAUAAACUGCUUCACUCAUCUUCUGUUAAAUUCCAAGAAACAUUAAUGUAUUACUUAAAAAAUUAUUAUGAUGGAUUUGUUUCAUAAAUAGGAAAGACUGUGAUUGUAAACUGAAAAUAUUGUUCCGUAGAGGUGACGAUCAACUGCUUCACUGUCCGAGCUAAUACAUUAUUAACUUUACUUUUGGGUUAGGUGGGAUAUAAAUUUUGGUGGGUUGGCCCGCAGAAAAAUACUUCAAUUGUAAUGCGGCCCAUGACUGACAAAAAGGUUGCCCAUGCUUGAUUUAGAGAAUUAAGUAGCAUGUGGUUGGUCGACAGAUUAGUAAAUAGGAUAUGAUUGGCUGAGAGAGAAAUACGAUGUGACUGGUACAUAGACAAGUAAAUACAUUGUAACUGGUGAAUGAGGAAACAAUAUGAUUGGUUGAUCAAUAAAUAUAAAACAUAAUCGAUGGAUAGCCAAUAGGAGAGUAUCUGUUAAUGGAUGAUAUCAUUGAGUUAUCAUUGGCUGACGGAUAUAGUAAAUAGGAUUAUGAUUGGUCAAUAGAUAAACAUUUAUGACUAAGAUGAGUAAUAAGGGACUGAAUGUUGUGUCACUCCAGUACUAAUGGGAAAAAGGCAAAGAUAAUAUUGACAGACAAAAGAGAAACACUGUAAUUUAUCAUGGUACUUUAUUCCUAUUGCUCCAGUAUUUAUGUUAGCAAGCCAGACAAUUGUGAAUUAAUAUUUUCCAUUACUUGAGAUGGGAGGGGACAAUGAGCAUAUUUUUCUUGAGUAUAAUUCAUAAUUAUUGUUGUCAUGACACCUUAAGUCCUGGGGAAAAGUAGUUAAAUAUGUCAAGAAAUUUAUAGUAUAAAUUAUAUUAAUGUAUUCCAGUUAUUAAAACAAACUAUCUAAAGAUAUAAAAUAUUACAGUAGUACAUUUCAUUACUGGACUAAUUCUUGCAUGGGAUGACCUGAACCAAUGGGAAUUCUGAUGAUAUGAAGCUUUUAUCAUGUCUGUAUACUCCACCCACUCAGUACACUGUUACCUCACAUGCUAGAGCUGUAAGAGGCAGGUAAAUGAUGUGACAAGAUUGAUUUACUGCAUAUGUACAGUAUCUUUUAGUCUACUAUACACCCUUGAGUAUUAUUAGUGGUGUAAAUGUGUUCACUGGUAUAUAACGUUACUAAAUGGUUUACACACGACUAUACAAGUAAACCAGUGGGCGAUAUAUUUGAGGGGCCAAAAUAUUAACAUCACUGGACUGUAACUUCCUUCCAAAAUCAGUCUUCCACCCUUGAUUUAAAGUCAGUUGCACUUAGAGAUCUUUCUUCAAGCUCCUCAUCAACGGCACUCAGAAGUGUAUCAUGCUUCAAAAUUUGAUGUGUUUAACUCAAAGAUGCACAGCUGUUAUACUGAACCUCCUUACAAAUAUCACAUACAGUUUACUAUACACUACAUACACAACACAUCACUGGUCAAACUAAUAUAUGAGCACAGUUGACAUAUACAAAGUGAUUGUGUGUAAUUUUAUACAUGUACCUUAUACCAGCAGGGUCAUUACAAAUAUAAAAGAUUAAGUUAUAUACACAACCAAGUUACUACAGAGAACAUGUAAUACAAGACUGACGUCCCACAAACAAAGAAUUUUUUACAUUUAAAAAUUUUAGUUUUGGUGGAAUUCUGGAUGGUGUGGCAUGAGCUGACUCAUGUUAUCCCAUCACCAUGUUUAACAGUGGUGGACCCUGGUGCAGUGUGUGUCUUAGUUAUGCCCUAAAAUAGCAACACAUCCAGUAACUGGCCCCUGCCCUUCCCCUCUCGCCCAUUCAAGACUUGAAAAAUCUUUGUCGCCCAGUAUUUUAAAAGCUCUUUCACAAGGUAGCAAAUUUUCUUGAAACAUGACAUACUUGCUGCCCAGUCAUUGUGUUAGAAAGGUUGACUGAGGUGUGUACUAUUAAGCUGAGCAAUUUCAAAUCUCUAAACACCACAUAAGAGCUCAUCAACCCCCCCCCCCCAGUACAACAGCCUUAUCUUACAUUAUGUUCGCUCCUGCGUUGCUACCCCAGUGUUAGUUUAAUCAGAACAUAAUUGCCUGAGAAUCCCCAGUCCAGUCAUCAGGUGUUCCAGAAGUGCAGGUUUUUGGUAAUUAAACGUACAUCUGUAAGGUUUUAUGAAAAUUAUCCUUAAAAAUGGAAAUUAAUUGUAAAUAUUUAUCAAAACAAGGAGCUGACCACAAGAUCAUACAUUACAGGGUUUCUUAGUGCUUUAAAAUAUAUAACUAGAAUUCUUAAAAAAAAAAAGUUUACUGUAUAAAGUAUCAAUAGUACCUAAAAAUUGUCUAGUGAAUAUUGAGGCAUGAUAACAUUUUAUUACUAUAAUAGUUUUACAGUCAAGAAUCUGACAACUUUGACUUGACUAUACUGUGUGUGUGUGUUUAGGAGGCAGACACAUGUACAGGAAUAUCUGUUAAUGUUUCAGUGUGUGUCAUUUGUGUACAUGCAGUUAUGACUUUCCUCCUGUGAGUCUCUAAUUUAUAAGCAUAAGUGAGCAUUGGCACAUACAGUGUAUAUACACAUGGCUAUUUGUACAUGUCUGUAUGUCCCUGGGUGAAUAAUGGCCUUCCUUCAAGUAAACAUGUAGGUCAUUUUGUUUAGCGCCUUUAAUGCCAGUUAUACUGUAUUUGGUUUACAUAUUCACUAAUUAUCCCGCUCUGUCUGCAGCGUCGUGAGGUUGAGCGAGAGAAGCGGGCGAGGGAACGCAGCGCAAGAGUCAAUAACAAUGGUCAACCUGCUGCUGGAGACAGUAGCUCUGGCGGCGAGAAUGAAAAUGAUUUUGACGACCUCAUCUCGGCUCUUCGUUCU